AUGGACGUGGGGAGUGCUGACGUCGUCUUAAGUCAACCUGGAGUUCAACCGGCGGAAAUUGCGCCCUCCGCCGCGGCCGCGCAACCGACGCCCGCAAGUAAUCCGCCUCCCAAGACCGCGAGCGAAGCCCUGGUGAAAGCCAUCCUCCGGGUGCGCAACAAGGUCGUGCAGACUCCGCCAGCGGAAGCGGAAUCCGUCAGGGGGGCGGUAGUUCAUACCGAGCAGUCGACGCCGAUUGAAGAGGGCCGUGUAGAGGCGACUGUAGAGACGAAAAUGGUCGAAAACGUAAAUGAAAGCGGAAACGGAGCCGAAACCGGAACCGGCAACAGGAACGGGAGAGGGCCGGAAACGGAGCUGCCCAGAAGUUUGACGCCGACUGGUUCAAUUGAGAACGUAGAAGCGGGCAUGAAGAGGAAGGCAGAAGGCGAAGGAGGAGGACUGGUGGGGCCAGGGGAAGGGGACAUUUGCCCAAUGAAACGCCAAAAGCGGUCGGAAGCCGGCGCGAAUGAAAGAGAAAGCGGUGGCUCGGAGAGUGCAGCGUGGCAGUCAGUCACGGCAGAUUUUGAAGAGAAUGACGAAAUGUUCAAUGUCGAAAAAACGGAUCUUGAGGCCAAACCGUUUGAUGAGCCUGCUGCUACCGGGGCCGCUGAACCGACCGGUUCUGCAGAAGAGCGGCCGACUGAAGCACCGCCCGAAGUGAGGCAACCGGGGAAAGAGGACGAGAGCCAUGAGAGUGUAGUGGAGGGCGAUCCGGCGCGCCUCCAGGAGACUCCGGCGGAACGGAUGUCCGAGCAGGGAAAGACGGAGAUGGGACGCCCCGAGUCUGGGGUUGGCGCACCCAAAACAGAAGGCGUGACGUUAGAGAAACCUUUGAUGGAGAUGCUGGCAGGGUUUGGGGCGCGCCCACCGGCCGCGUCUUCCGAACCGGGAGAUGCGACCAGAGAGAAAAGAGAGUCGGCAAAAUCAGUCCCGGAGGAUCGUCCGCCUUGCGUUCCGCUUGCGGAGCCAAUCGCGCUUAGAGCGGAAUCGGAAGAACGGAAAAGCUCGGCGGAAGGAGGGCGCGCCGCAGAACGGAAGGUCUCCGUGGUACGGACCAGCUCAGCGGAGCAGAAGCGCUUGCUGGAGAACGAGAGCGCGGUCGGGGCCGAUCAGAAGGUCGACGUCGGAAGCUCCGCCAAAACUCCUCAAAAGCCUGUGAACGCAGCCGGAAAAAUAGGGCCCACGGGCGGCCUCAAAUCAGAUGGCGCAUGUACACCAGUAGCGGUCACUGGGGGAAUGAGCAAGGACUCGUCUGGCACCGAAGCCAGACCUCGCCCCGCCUUCUCCGACUUCUCCAAUGGACGCGACGUCCCGCGCGACGCGCGCGCUCCUCAUAUCGGUCGCCAAACCUCGGUCUACCGGAUCCCCCAGGAGCGCAUGCGGGCGGUUCUAUCACCUAACCGGGCACCCGUGAAGUUGUGCGCGGCUUACGCACAGGACCCGGAGGGAUGUACCGAUCUCUUUUGUGAGUACUCACACGCCAGCAAGGAGGAGAGCUUCUGCUUGCAGUACUUUGACAAGAGCGACCGGGGAAUAGGCCCCGGGUGCCACUUUGGGGAGCGGCGGUGCUUCUUCGGGCACGGGGAGGCGUCCCGGGCGGUAUACUUAUCUACCGGAGUGGGAUCGCAUUCCCUAACGCCGAUCUCCGUUAGGUUGUGA